AUGAUACACAGAAACCGCAUGAAAGACUCGUCGAGGAAAGUCAGUCCUCCGGGACCGACUUAUAUGUCCGAUGACCAAGUUGCCAGCUACUUGAAAGAUCUUCGCUCCAGUCGUCCCUCUAGACCAAAUGGUUCUCGUCCUCUCCCAUCGCGUUCCACCACCUCCGUGUCCAAGGUUCCCGAAGAACCUCAUCCACGGGCCGCAUCCGCGUUGUCGAUGAACGAAUGGCGCGAUUCCCCGGCCAACGGACCAUCGCCUACCGACCCGUACCCUCGUUCAGCAAGCGCCAUGUCGAAUAGCAGGCGAUCUUCGGACAUGAACCGCGGCAGCUCCGCGGGACGUCCCUUGGUUCAGCAGCCAAAUGGCUACUCUGUAGACUCGAGCUAUGCGCCUAGCGCCAGAAUCACUUCGCAGUAUGAAGGUCCCGUGUCGCCUGGUGCAGUUUAUCGUGAGAGCGGCUCGCGCUGGAUGGAGAAGCAAGAAGCGCGCUCGCUACGGGAUGCGCUGCAGGAGAUGGAUUUGCAGGACGAGGAACGUUUGCAUUCUGCUGCGCAGGAUGAAGCUACGAAGUUGGUUUGGGAACAUCAGAACCCAGGGGCCGCCUACAAAAACCCACACGCUGCUUAUCGCAAUCCAGACCUACACGGCACGAAUCGAUUCCGACAACACUUAGAGAAGGGGAGUCAUGCCAGGAGCCAGACCGUGCCUGGUGCCGAUACUGCCUACAAUCACAGGAAGUCUCUGUCGGAAUCUGGGAGUCACGAAGAGGCGCAGUCACCAACAAGCUCAAACGCAUCUACGAAGGACAGUAUAAAGAAGAAGGGAAGAGUCAAUUUCGCCCUGCCCUCUGAAGAUGGUUCACCUGAGACACACCGUGUAGCGCCACGGACAAGGACGGUGAGCAACGAGUCUUCGAAGGGUAUCUUCCGAAAUCCCGAAGACUCGAUAUAUGAAGAGCCGGAGGACUCGAGCAUGCAGACGCACGGCCAGACAUCAUCUACAAAUGUGCGGUCUGCUCUGAAAGUCAAGCCUAGAAAUUCUUUACCGCAAGGCGCAAAUCCUCCCGUUCGAAUAAGAAACUCUCCUUUUGACAGAAAAAAUAAGGUCGAUAUAUAUAAAAAUCCGCCAACUCAGACACGAAAUCCUCUAUAUACGACGAAUGCACCUAUACAGCCGAAUCGAGAGUCAAAGAAGAAAGACGAGGCAGAAGAACAAGAGGAAGAAGAGGUGCGCAUGAAGAAUGGGAUAGAAGUUCGAAGUGACGACAUCAGAGCAGCUACGAGCAUGAGACUCAAGGACCGAAGUGAGAAGCUGCCAAUGCCUACGGCCGUCAGUGACCGGCCAGGCCAGCCUAUUGUUAGCUUUGAUCCGUCAUGGGAGCCUCCUGAGGAAAAGAACAACUCCCGAGACGGUCCUCCUGUUAUCAACGUUGUUGACGCAUCAGACGGUGUUCCAACCAUCAAUUUCCCCGAUGAUCCGAAGGAAGAUGUCCCGUCCAUUGCUGUUGAACCACCCAAAUUAGAAACCGCCGGAGCGACUGAGUCUGUUGCAUCUAGACGCCGCAAGUUCGACAACCCUCAAGGGAUGCAACCAACUUCCCAAGGCAAAUGGUAUUCUCCCUUUACCAGAGCCGGCGUCCCUACUGCAACCUGCACAAAUUGUGUGUUGCCCAUUGAAGGCCGAGUCGUCACAGCCGCUGGGUCCCGAUUCCAUCCUGAAUGCUUUUCUUGUUACCACUGCGGCACAGGUCUUGAAUGCGUCGCAUUCUAUCAAGAACCAGACGCCAAGCGAGAAGAGAGACUAUCUCAAGCUUCGCCUGAAGACGACGAGGCUCGUGUCUUGCGAUUCUACUGCCAUCUUGACUUUCACGAACUGUUCAGCCCGCGGUGCAAGAGCUGCAAGACUCCGAUUGAAGGAGAGGUUGUUGUUGCGUGUGGUGCUGAAUGGCACGUUGGUCAUUUCUUCUGUGCUGAAUGCGGUGACCCUUUCUCGCAAGAAACCCCAUUCGUCGAAAAAGACGGCUUUGCCUGGUGUCUCCGCUGCCACUCCCGUCGCACGGCUUCACGCUGCCUCGGCUGCAAGCACCCAGUCCUCGAAGACGUUGUCGUCACUGCACUCGGCGGCCAAUGGCACGACAAAUGCUUCGUCUGUCAUACUUGUGGUGGUGGAUUUGGGCCUGAGGGUAAAUUCUUUGUGAAGGAAGGCGAGCCGAAACGUACUGCCAAGGGCCGGAUUAUAGGUGGUCCUGUACAACUGGCUGUAUGUGAGGCUUGCGAGGCUCGACGGUUGAAGGCGUGA